AUGUCGGCGGGCGCGCUGUCGCCUCCCGCGGCGCCUUCCCUCGACGGCGGCGCCCCCUCGCCGCCCCCCGCCACCCCGCCGCCCCCCCCCGCCCCGGCCGCGCCCGCGGCCGCCCCCCCCGCCGCAGCAGCAGCAGCAGCAGCAGCAGCAGCAGCAGCAGCAGCGCAGGCCGGCGCGCAGCAGGCGCCGGCGACCCCGCGCGCGCAGCAGCAGCCCGCGGCGGGCGCGGGCGCGGGCGCGGGCGCGGCGCCGGCGGCCGGCAGCGCCGCGGCGACGGGCCCGGGAGCGGGAGCGGGAGCGGGAGCGGGAGCGGGAGCGGGCCCGCACCCCACCUACGUCUCGCCCUCGCUCUACAUCGGAGACCUGCACCCCGAAGUCACGGAAGCCAUGCUCUUCGAAGUCUUCAACGCCGUGGGCCCCGUGACCUCCAUCCGCGUGUGCAGAGACUCGGUGUCGCGGCGGUCGCUGGGCUACGCGUACGUGAACUACCAGUCGCUGGGAGACGCGGAGCGGGCGCUGGACGCGCUGAACUUCGCGCUGAUUCGCGGGCAGCCGUGCAGGAUCAUGUGGAGCCAGAGGGACCCGUCUCUGCGGCGGAGCGGCGCGGGGAACGUGUUCGUGAAGAACCUGGACAAGUCGAUCGACAACAAGGCGCUGUACGACACGUUUUCGCUGUUCGGGAACAUCUUGAGCUGCAAAGUGGGCGUCGACGAGUUCAACAGAAGCAGGGGCUACGGCUUCGUGCACUACGAGACGGAGGCCUCCGCGCGCAGCGCCAUUGAGAAGGUCAACGGCAUGUUGAUUGGCGGCAAGACUGUGUACGUGGGGCCCUUCGUCACGCGCAGCGAGCGCGAGGGCAGCGGCGGCAGCAGCAGCAGCAGCAGCAGGUUCACCAACGUCUACCUCAAGAACAUCCCCGCCUGCUGGGGCUCCCCGGACGCCCUCCGUCCCCUCCUCGCUCCCUUCGGAGACAUCACCAGCCUCGUCCUCCGCCAAGACCCCAAGGGCCGUCUCUUCGCCUUCUGCAACUUUGCGCAGCACGCUGCCGCCAAGGCCUGCGUCGACAGCCUCAACGGCCGCGUCGUCAACGCCCACGGCUUCAAGGACGACAGCAGCAGCAGCAGCAGCAGCAGCAGCGGCGGCGGCGCCGGCGGCGGGGAGCAGCAGCAGCAGGCGGGGGACGCCGCGGCCGCCGCGGCGGACGCGCGGGAGGCGGGGGAGGCCCCAGCAGCCAACGGCGCCCUCAGCAGCAGCAGCAGCAGCAACGACGCGGCCACGACCGGCAGCAGCAGCAGCACGCCGAACGGCACGGCGGAGGCCUCCGGCGCCGCCGGCACCGCGGCGAGCAGCGCGACGCCGCCAGCAGCAGCAGCAGCAGCAGCAGCAGCAGCAGCAGCAGCAGCAGGCAGCAGCAGCGGCGGCGGCGAGGAGAUGGUGCUGUUCGUGGGGCCGCACCAGACGCGGGCGCAGCGGUCUGCUGCGCUGCGGCAGCGCUACGAGCAGCAGCAGCAGGAACGCGGAGACAAGUACCGGGGAGUAAACCUCUACGUGAAAAACCUAGAUGAGAGUAUAGACGACGCGAAGCUGCAGGAGCUGUUCGAGGGUUUCGGGCCCACCAGCAGCGUGAAGGUCAUGCGGGACGAGAAGGGUUUGUCGCGAGGGUUUGGGUUUGUCUGCUUCACAAACCCUGAAGAUGCCACAAGAGCUGUCUCCGAAAUGCACCUGAAGUACGUCAAGGGAAAGCCCCUCUACACGGGGCUGGCGGAGCGCCGGGACCAGCGGCUGCAGCGGCUGCAGCAGCGCUUCAGGGGGCCCCCCCCGGUGCGCGCGCAGGGGGGGGCCCCCGGGGGCCCCCUGGUGCCCGGGGGGCCCCCCCCGCCCGUGGGCUUUGCGGCGGCGGCGGGGCCCCCGGGGCCCCCGCUCCCCGGGGUGCCCCCUGCUGCUGCGUACCCCCAGAGGCCCGUGCUGUACCCUCCGCAGGGGCACAUGGCCAUGCUGCCGUGGGCGGGGAGGCAGCAGCAGCAGCAGCAGCACUUCCAGCAGCAGCAGGGCCUCGCGCUGCAGCGCGGGCUCGCGCCCGCGGCCGCGCUGCAGCACAUCUACGGGCCGCAGUCCGCGGUGGCCGCGGCCGCCGCGCUGCAGGCCUCCCUGCAGCAGCAGCAGCAGCAGCAGCCCAUGCUGCAGCAGCAGCGCGGGCCGCCCGGCCACCGCGGCGGCCGCGGCGGCGCGGCGAGCAGCGGCGCGAAGCAGCAGCAGCUGCUGAAGCAGCAGCAGCAAAUGCCCGGCGGCGGCUCCUUCAAGUUCACGCCGCAGGUGCGGAACCCGCGGCUGGAGCAGCAGCAGCAGCAGCAGCAGCAGCAGCUGCACCUCGCCGCCGCCGCCCCGCAGCAGCAGCAGCUCGACGCAGCAGCCCACAUGCUCCUCUCCCCCGACGCCCCCCUCACUGCUGCAGCUCUUGCUGCAGCACAGCCCUCGCUGCAGAAGCAAAUGCUGGGCGAGAGGCUCUUUCCCCUAAUCGCUCGCCACCAGCCCGAACUUGCUGGCAAAAUUACGGGAAUGAUGUUGGAAAUGGACAACAGCGAGCUGCUAAUUCUCCUCGAGAGCGAGGCCCAGCUCAAAAGCAAGAUCGACGAGGCCCUCGGCGUCCUCAGGGGCGCCAACUGA